UUGGGGACCCCCAUACGGCACAAUUUUCCGCAUAUUACUAAACACGUCAUUCAUUGUAAGCACUAAGAAGUCAUCACCAUCCAUCUUCUUCUGUGUGUUCGAACAGAGCCAAUGGCAACAACUCGCAUGAUCCUCAGAGCAAUUAAGAAACGCCCCUUUUUGUUCCCCGCAUCAUCCCACUCCUUCUCCUCUUCUCGACACGGAAGCACGCUGGUUGUGGCGGAGCACGAUAGUGGCGCCGUGAAACCCCAUUCUCUCUCUGCAGUUACGGCUGCCACGUCACUGGCUGGUCACGGUAACUCUUCCGUUUCGGUUCUGUUAGCUGGCUUGGGUCCUUCCCUUCAUCAAGCUGCUUCACACGCUGCUUCUUCUCACCCUUCAGUCUCUCAGGUGCUCAUAGCAGAUUCAGAAAAAUUCAAGAGCCCUCUGGCAGAACCAUGGGCAAAACUAGUCCAUUUAGUCCAGCAGCAAGGGGGUUAUUCUCAUAUAAUUGCUGCUUCAAAUUCUUUUGGCAAAAAUAUCAUGCCCCGUGCAGCUGCCCUUUUAGACGUUUCUCCAAUUACUGAUGUUACUGGAAUUUCCAAUGCACAGACUUUUGUGAGGCCUAUAUAUGCUGGAAAUGCACUUUGUACCGUCUGCUAUACGGGUUCCAAUCCUUGUAUACUGACGAUUAGAUCCACAUCUUUUCCUGUUCCCCAGAAAUCAAAUGACUCAAAAGCUGAGGCUUCAAUAUCCCAGGUCAACCUUUCAAACUUCGAUGAAGCAGAUCUGAACAAGUCUAGAUAUAUAUCUCAAACUUCUCAGGAUGAUGAAGGACCAGAUCUUGGAAAUGCACGGGUUGUAAUUACCGGUGGCCGAGCACUAAAGAAUGCUGAGAACUUUAAAUUGAUAGAAAAUUUGGCCAAGAAACUUGGUGGUGCUGUUGGUGCCACACGUGCAGCUGUUGAUGCAGGGUUUGUCCCAAAUGACCUUCAGGUAGGGCAAACUGGGAAGAUUGUUGCCCCUGAACUCUACAUGGCUUUCGGUGUAUCCGGAGCUAUUCAACACUUAGCAGGAAUGAGGGAUUCUAAGGUUAUUGUUGCCGUGAACAAUGAUGCUGAUGCUCCUAUAUUUCAGGUUGCUGAUUAUGGACUUGUAGGAGACCUAUUUGAGGUGAUACCAGAGUUGCUAGAGAAGCUUCCUGAGAAAAAAUAAAGCAUGUAACAUGCAUCAGUAUGAACUGUGCACUUUCUAAAUGUAUCAUCUUAUAACAUUUAAAUUGCUAUUAUUUUUCCAAAAAUAAAGAAAAUGAGGUUUAUUGAUGAAUCUCCAGAAUACUAGACUCUUCUCUUUU